AUGUGGGUAAUCAGCGUCGACAACUUCCUAGAGCUGGAUGCAGCUGGGCACGCUUCAGUGCGAGUCAACAUGGAGCUGCGGCCUCAUCAGGAGCUGCUGGCGGCUGGAAAGCUGUGCGAGUACGAACGCGGGACAGGCUUUGUCACUUUCGUCUCCCACCAGUGGUCUAGCUCCUCACACCCAGACCCAAGCCGGAUUCAACUUCUUUCUUUGCAGACAGCCCUGCGCAACAUGCGCUCCGGGCGGAUGCAGCUGUCUCAGGAUGGUGUUGCUUUCGUCAGAGGCAACCUGAAGCGCAGAAUGUGCCCAGAUGACCUGAAAGCCGUCGCGAGUGGUUGGCUCUGGAUUGACUACAGCUCCAUCCCUCAAGUUGGCCUUCAUAGCUUGGGCUUGGAUCGAUCUCAGCUUGACGGCGAAUUUACGAACGCGGUAAUGAGUUUGCACACAUACGUCGCAGACAGCUCGUUCUUCGUCAUUCUUGCUCCAAGUCAGCACCACGAGAAGGGCCAUUUGAUGAGCUACGGCUCUUGGAAAUCACGAGGUUGGUGCCAGUUUGAGCUGGCGGUGAAUAUUCUUCUGGGCACGAAGCCCGUCCUGCUGAUCUCCAGUGAGACAGCGGUGAAACACCUUUGCUUCCGCAUGUUUUACCACCUCGCACCUUGCUGCGCCGAAUUUACCAAAGAGUCUGAUCGACACCACAUCGCUGCAGCCAUGCAGCAGGUGGUAGAAAUCCAAGCUGAGGAGCACAGGAUUUCAGGUCGCAGCCAUGAGUCACAAAUGCUCGAAUGCUUGCGGAGCAAGCUUCUGCGGUUCCCGACUGGUUCAUCUGAUCCAAGCUGUCAAGCUCCCGGGCUGCGGAGAGUUGCAAGAACGCGCUCGUUCCUCAACUUGACGGACUCCCACAAUGGGUGGACCGACCUCCCCUAUGCAGUGGCAAGGAGUAGUGAAGAAAUUGUGGCCAAGCUAUUGGCAAUGCGCGCGGACAUACAUGCCCAAACACGUAGUCCGGAGGUUGACUUCUUCUUGCGGGGUGGUUUGACACCACUGCACAUUUGGACAUGCUUCUCGACUUCUGUGCCCAUCGCCGAGCUUUUGAUAGGCGCACAGGCUGACGUGAACUUUCCAGCCCAGCGAAGGUGGACUCCUUUGAUGGUUGCCUGCGAAGUCGGGAACGAGCUGGUCGUGCGCACACUCCUCCGAUUACGGGCAGACCCAAAUGGCCAGACCCGUUUAAGCACUCGUCCAUUGAGCGUGGCGGUUUGCUACGACUUUCCGAGCCUUGUUGAUCCUCUCUUGGAGGCCAGAGCCGAUCCGUUCUAUGAAUGGGCUGGAAUUGGCACUCUCCACCAACUUGGUGCUGCGGGAUCUGGAGGAUCUCUCCAUCGACUGCUAAGAGAAGGACUCGAUCUCAAUUCGAGGGCAUACUUCAACCUGAGCUCCAAAGCUGGUGUUGCUCAUUUUCUGUACCGCUUGUGGGACCGCGACAUACAUCGCGACUAUCAACUUAUGCAGGGGGGCACACCUCUCGUUUUCGCUGCGGCUCGUGGUAAUUGCGAAGCGUUGCAGGCUUUACUAGAAGCACAGGCAAACAUUCACAUCCCGAACGCGUGGGGGAAGACGGCCUACCAGAUCAGCGCACAAACAGGCGUUCCAGAUGAAGUUCUACGGCUUUUGAGAUCGCCAGCAGAGGCGGCGGCAUAUGAUGCGUACGAAGCAGCUUCACUUCUUCUGCCUUCCAAGUCCACCAGUUCCCUGCGCUUGAAAGAGAGACUUCCGUCAAGCUUGCCUUUGUCGCACGGCUUCUUCGAAGAGCUGUUCGGAGGCGCUCAGAACAUGCAUUUCGAGAUGGGCGGAGGAGGCCGCAGACAGCAGCCUGUGCAAUGGCCGCAGGGCGUAUCAGAUGAGGUCUCGAAGACAAUGUCGUGGCUAAAGGGCACGGAGUGGGCCUGGAACAACGAUGGCUUCACCAUCAAGUUAACUCGCGAUGGAGACAUCGAGGCACCCAUCCAGCAGUGCCAGCGUGGCUGCAAAUGGACUGCCGAGAAGGGCAAGCUGUACCUGUCCGUUGGCAAUGCAGGGAUCUUCGAGCCUCGUGGCCCAAAUGCCUUGCUGGCUGCAACUCCAAGCGAAAUCCGCGAGAGCAUCUUGGACAAAUUUAGGCGCUUGACGCUGACAUUCAAUCGGAUAUUUGACCACGAAGCUGUCGACUUGGACAAGGAUUUGUACGAAGUCCUCGGCCUUGCCGAAGAUGCUGAUGAGGCGAGCAUCAAGAAGGUGUAUCGCAAGCUCUCGAUUCAGUAUCACCCUGACAAGAAUCCAGACGAGGCGUCCAAAGCCAAGUUCGCCGAGAUCCGAGAUGCGUACGAGGUCCUCAACGAUCCUGACAAGAAGAUCUUGUACGAUACAGGUGGCAUGGCGGCCGUCAAGGACUCCGAGAAGGGCAAGGUAGAGUCAACCAGUGACGUCAACUCCGAAAUUGAGGUGGGCCUAGAAGAUCUCUACUUAGGCACCGAGUUCCGCGCCACGGCCACUCGCACUUAUGUUUGCAGAGGUUGCCGGAAGAACCCCAACUCCCCCAACUGCAAGGGCUGUCGGAAAUGUAAGAACCAGAUCAAGGUGGUGCAGGUCCAGAUGGGCCCGUUCCUCACCCAGCAGCAGCAGGAAGUACCGAGCAAGGAGAAGUGCAAGGACAUCGAUGCACCGCUGGAUGUUCAUAUUGAGAAAGGCAUGGCCAGCGGUGACACGGUCACUUUCCCGCGAAUGGCGGAGGAGCGCCCCGGCAUGCUGCCUGGAAGCGUCAUCCUCAAGCUGAAGGCAAAGAAGCACCCACGUUUCGAGCGUCGGGGAAGCGACUUGCACACCGACUUGAAGAUUAGCCUGCGAGAGUCGCUCCUGGGCUGGUCCAGAACCAUCCAGCACUUGGAUGGACACGAAGUCGAAAUCAAGCAGACCGAUGUUACCAAGCACUUGCAGGUCUUGAAAACGCGAAGCGAGGGGAUGCCGCACCGGGAUGAUCCUGCUAGCUUUGGAGACCUGCAUGUGAAGGUGGCCGUAGAGUUCCCGAAAACCUUGACUCCGCAGCAGCGUGAAGCCAUCGCGCAAGUAUUCCCAGGCAGGGAGCAGUAG